UUGUGGUUGUAACCGGAUCGGGAAACAUAUUCGUUUGACAAGAAGUUGUGAUUUUGUCAUAUUGACUGAGUUCUUGUUUUUCGCUUAUUUCGAGUUUUAUGGCGAACAAUGGUAGCAAUAAGCAAAACUAAGCAAGACGGACUAAAUCGUGCAGGUACCUUUGAGCACGUUUACACUAACGUGUUCUUGUUUGAAAAUGCGUCCAUCUUUUCCGUUUUGUGCUUGCGUGCACACUAAAAUUUGUCAAAAAGGGAAGUUAGUGCAAACAAAGGUUUUUUGAAAACAUUCUGUUUUUAAAAAUAGAGGUAGCAUGAGUGUCAGUAACCAAAAACGAAAGUUUUCGAAAACGCUCAUUUUGUUGAGUGCUUGCUGUAUCAUUUUGAUAUUAUGAUGAUUAACUGGCUUCAAUGCAAUCAAAGUUCAUUUCAGAGUCAUAUCGCAUUUACGAAUGAGACGGCAGAGGCAAGUGAGAAAAUAAACACACAGCAACAGCCGGAUGGCACAGAAGAGAAAACAAGACCAUUCAGGUAACUGACUUAGCGAACUUACCUAAGUUGAGAGCUGGAACAAGUUAAAGAAAAGAAAGAAAUCCAGUGUAGGGCUUUGACAACCUAGUUCCCAGGUUCUCUCGCUCGUUAGGGAUGGGUAGGAGAGAACCCUGGGAACGAGGUUGGAACUUUGCUUUUAUGGUCCAUGGUUUAGGUCAGAAGGGAGGGUCCCCAACAAGUUUCUCGGGAUCUGAGAUUUCCUUCACUUGAAGCUCGGGAUUCGGGAUUUGAAAGCAAAAUCGGGGCGAGUUUCGGGAUUUAAAGUAUGGUUGGGAGGUGGGAUGCCAAAAAUAACCCUCGGGAUUACGAGAUUGCACGAAAUUUUGGGUCAGUAUUACGGGAUUGAAGAACUCUUUUGGUUACCCCGAAAAGGGUUUCCAUGCGUCCUCUAGACGUUCACUUUUAGAUGAAGUUUAAGGAAUACGGUAAAUCCCCUAUUAAGCCCCCCCCUUUCAAAUAAGCCCCCUAACUUUAAUAAGCAAUCUAGUAAGUAAUCUAGUUAGUUAUCUAGUUAACAUUUUUAAAACUAAGGUUAAGACUUUUUUGUUUCGCAUGGCUUUCUGUUAAUUGUAUCUAAUUCAGUUGCUCAUUAUCUUAUAUUUAAUACGGUGUAAUUUAGUUUUUUUUGUUUUGUUUUGUUUUGUUUUUUUUUGUUAUGAUGUAUUUUUAGUUUUUAUAUGAUGUAUAUAGUAUUCUUAUUGCUUUUGUGUAUAGUUUUUAGAUAUCUUAGAUGUAACGCGCAUUUGAUCAUAUUCGAAUGUUAAUUUGCGCGCUAUAAGCAAUAAAUAUUAUAAGCGCUCCCUUUUUUCAGGGGAAGAAAGUUAAUAAGCCCUCCCCUCUAUUAAGCCCCCCCUCCCCCACCCCGCCUCCCCGAAAUAUUACUUCCUGUGGACUGAUCCAGGAUGGUUUAUUCACCAGCUGGAAGUUCGGAUUUGUUUUUGAUCCUCGGCUGCCUGACCUCCAACUUCUUGUACUUGAGCUUUUCCACUUUGUACUCUAGUUCUUUAUGGAGAACUGAUGCCUUCGUUUCUAAAUUAAAUAAGCCCGCCGGAGAGCUUGAAAGAGGAUUUACGGUAUUUGUCUAAUAUCUUAAAAGUUUUAUUGGAAAACCUGUCUUUGUGACGUCCAGUUUAAAGAUAUAGGUUUUCCUCUCGUGCUCGUGCCCGAAACAACGAAGUAAAUUCAACGUGUGUUAGUUAAACUCGUGCAAUUUUUUGGAUCAGUUUAGGUUUUGGGAAACUGCCCACCCACCCCACCCCUAACCCAUGUUUCUCACUGACGUGUGACUUAAGGGCAGAAACAUGGGUUAGGGGUGGGGUGGGUGGGUAGUGUCACAGAAAGCUAGACUGAUCCAUUUUUUUUUUCUAAAUUUUAGUUCCACUUUUCUCAAGGCAGGGACACUUAAAAGGUGCGUAUACGAACGAACAAGAGACAAAUUGCACAAGACGUUAACCAGCUGAUAUAACACGCCCUGCAAUUUUCUUCCAUAACGUGUUAAAAAACUUUCGCGCAGUCGAGAAACGUCUUGUGCAAGUUGUGACAAAACAAACUGGUUAUGAGACAGGCUUAACAAGACUCCAAGUGCUGAAACUGUCCAAAUUUGUUUGACCUCGUUUCUUUUAAAUGGUUUUGCUCUGUACAUACUAAGAUAUACUCACUGAAAAUUUUCCUACGCAGAUAAGUUCUAGCCAAUCAGAGGAGCAAACGAUGUUUUUGAGACACAGGAAAAAUAGUUCGUCCAAUCGGUAUCGCGAACGAGGGUUUUUUUUUUUGGUGCGCGGGAAAAAAUGUUCGUCUAAUCAAAAGCCACAAAGGGUAGUGAGUUUCGCGCCAAGUUUCCCGCCUUUAAUGGGAGUUUGCAACGCCCCCGCUUCGCGGUAAAUGAGAAAUCGUUAUCCAUCCCUUUGCGAAUAACGGAGUUGCGACUUUUUUUGCAGAAAAAUUACUGGGAGUCGUACACAAAAUCAGCAAGGAGGAGCAGGAAGACCAUUAUCACGUUGUUGCGAUUGUGAUAAGGUACCUAAUGUAUUUGUAAAUUAUUAUUCAACUUUGCGCUCGGAGAUCUUUACACUUUUACUGUAGAAAUCGAGGAAAGUCAUAGUCGUGUAUGACAGUCUCUUUGAAACCAAGAGUUUUGACUUAAAAACGGAGGGGUCGAUAUUUACUAGAGUCCGAAGAAUGAUAGACAGGGGAAAGGCAAACAAUUUUUUUUUCACCUUCUCUUUUCCCUCAGUGCCUCUCCCAUAAACCAAGUAUUAACAGGAAAAUCCCAUCUUAGCCUUUUGAGUAAUCCGCAGAAGAAGCUAAGAAGCUCUAAAACCUGGCUAACUUUUCCAACACCUUUAGGGCCUUGAAAUGCAUUUUUUUAUACAACCAAAUAUUUGCAAAAUGUAAUUGUAUUCCAGUCGAAGAAACUGUUAGGCAUGUGGUUGAGUUUAAGUUUAUCUAAUCCCUAAGAUGUAAAAGUGUAUCUAGAAUAAAACUGGAAUAUAUACUUGGAAUUACUUCAACACAACCAAGGUAUCUUGACCAAGUAGAAGAUCCAAUUUUAUUUACUACACUUCAGUAAGAAAACGCUCAUGAGUAAUAGAAUUGCUAAGGCAAGACCUAAUAACUACUUCUGGCACAGAACAGACAUUGAAGAUUAAUUGAUGUCCCGACCGUGGCUGCUGUGUAAUAGAAAUUUCAAUUUUGCUUUGUCUUCAUAAGUCGACGUAUAAAGGCUCGUAUUGUAUUUGCUUUGGUUUAGUAACUAAAAGUGGUCUUUGUAGCUUCAGGAAGCUCUUUCUAAUGCUGAGAAGAAAUUGGAAUCCGCGAAAGAGUAAGUGAUUUUAAGUUGGUGUUAAUUUUUUAAGUCCUUUCCGGUCUCUUCUAACCGUGGCCAAAGUGUAAAUUCACAAAAAAAAAAAAAUCACGCUUAUGUUUUUUGUAUCAACUCCAAAAACAAAUAACAUCUUGUAAAAGUUCCGCCUCUGCCGACGAGGUUUCAGGUAAAUGGUAACAACCUAUGAUUUUGUCAUCAAACUCAAAAGUUAGCAUGAAAAACCCGUCUCACUGUAACAUCGGUCAUCGGUCUUGGAGUAAAAUGGUUAAAUAUACUUGAAAACGUUUUUAUUAUGACAUGUCAAAAAGUGAUUCUUCCCAUCAUAAUUGCCAUUUGUCAGUUUAGGAGGUGCAAGAUCAGCUAGCUUUACAAAAAUAAUGCCGUACUUCCCACUUUUGGUCACCAAAUCCUCUCUCAGAAAUAUUUUGCGAUCCGUCUAAGUCCUGGUUAAAUUUUCUUGACGCGCCAGAAUGUGGUAUGCUUGUUGUAGAAUACCGUAUUUCCUCGAAUAAGCGCCCCUCCUCUAAUAAGCGCCCCGCCCCGAAAAAGCGCCCAUUCCCUAGGCCAAAAGUAUCAAACAAGCACCCCCACCCCCAUCGAGUAAGCUCCUCGUUCCUGUCCCUCAUUACUUUCUUUAAUAUAAUGGUAAGGAUACAAGAAAACCCUUUUUCUGUUGCCACUUUAUUGGUAACUCUGUGCGAAAACGGUAAAAUGAGACUAAGGUACGCUUGAUCACCAACAUGAGAAUUUAAUAAGCGUCCCCUCGAUUUAGCGCCCUCCUCCCAAUAAGCGCCGAUCCUUUAAGCCAAAAUUUGAAUAAGCGCUUGGGCGCUUAUUCGAGGAAAUACUGUAUUAUUCAACGACGAUAGGGCGGGAAACAUUUAUCGCCUAUUUUCAGUCGCUUUCACUUUAUCACUGGAGUAAAUAUAAUAUUUCCUUCUCUGAAAACUUGAGAUUUAAUCCUUGAAUAAAAUUUGUUCACUUUUAGUGAAGUACAAGUACGACAAGACGUGAUCGAAAGUCUCCAUGAGCACCUCAGGUAAAACAAAUGAAAGUGUUGAAUUAAGUGCAUUGUUUAUGUGUAUUUAUAUUUAUUUAAGAGCAGUUUUUAGAUGAGUUUCAAAAGUAAUUUGGUGGUAGCUUUGUUGGUUUUGUUUAUUUUAUUUUAUUGUUUGCAUCGUCGCGGCUUGUGAUUGUUUGAAAAAUCUCGCGCCAGAAAUAAGACCAAACCAAUCAUGAUUUCAAUCGUUUUGCCGACUUCAAAAGGGGAAAAUGAAGCUUUCCCUCCCCCACCCCCUCCAAGCAAUGUUGUGUCGCUGUACACGAUUCCUGUAACAGACGCUCCACCAUUGAUUGGGGGAAAGGGGAGAGGCGCAGAUUGUUUUAUUCUCUGAAAUGACCCAUUUUAGGAUAGUGUCUCAACAAUUUUGUCACCGAUUGUGGGUCAUGUAGCAACAGCUCGGAAGAGAAGUCACAAUGGUGCGUAACCAUGACCCCAAACAAAACUGAAACAGUUAAAAGAAUGAUAAGUCAUUACUGUCAACUACCAAUCAGGAGAGACCUUACGAGCAGCUCCUACACAACUGCCGAUUUUUGCUGCACGCCUUUUCUGGUGCUUUGACCAAAUUACAGAUGUGAUUGGUUCAUUUGAUCUUUGGAAUGUGUUGUGAUUGGCUAGACUUGUAACUUCUGUUGUGAUUGACAACUGUGAACAGAAAUCGCUGCAAUAUUUACUACAGUCGACUCCCGAUAACUCGAACCUUCAAGGAAAAUCGAAAAAAGGUUCGAGUUAUCGGGAGUUCGAGAUAUCGAGAGUUCGAAGAGAAUAGUCGAGAGUAUGGUAAAUAACAGUUUUUACUGCACAGUGAACAUUUUAAUCACAUUUAAUUGUAGAAAUGUCAAGUGAAAAUUAAAAGAUACUUCUAGAUUAUAAAACAGAACGUAACGUAACAAAACAUAGCCUAAAUAGAGUAUGCGUUUUACUGUUUUGAGAAGACAGGGGCACCCAACGACAAUUUUCGGGAAAAUAUCUGUUCGGAAGACGAUUUGAGAUCUAGAAUUUUCGGAACGUUUGUUGUAAAAUUUCUUGCUUGCCUACCUCUCCUAGGAUUUUCGAACAUCUAAAAAAUGGUAAAAUUGCCCAUUUUCAACGGAUUUUUACCCUAAAAAGGUCACCUAGAAUUUUCGGGAGCCUUUUUUCUGGCUGAAAUUUUGGAACGGGUAAGUUUUGAUCCCCAUAAUUUUCGGAUCACUAGACUUUCAGCUAGGAAAUCCGAACAGAUGAAAAAUUUAUAGGGGAUAAAAAUAUGCCCAUAUCCACCGUUUAAAUACUAAAACACGUUUAACAAUGCUAUGUUUAAGUGGUUUUGAACUAUAUUCUCGUUGGGUGCCCCUGAGAAGAAAAGGUGCUUCACGUUAGCCUGUCACAAUCAACAUCAGUCUCCACUAGUAAACUAUACACGUCAAUAGGAAAUCCAAAAUUCAAUGUUUCGGACGCCUGUAGACGGUUUUUUCCCUACUAUAUAAGGGCUCAAAACAUGGUUCGAGUUAAAAUUAUAUAGAAAAUGACCUGAGGGGAAACGAAAAUUGGUUCGAGUUAGCGGGAGUUCGAGUUAUCGAGGGUUCGAGUUACCGAGGGUAAAAUUACAAUGAAUGUAUGACGGAAACCCAGGGGAAAUCGAUUUUGGUUCGAGUUAGCGCGAGGUUCGAGUUAGCGGGGGUUCCAGUUAUCGGGAGUCGACUGUACUUUCGUAUGUUCUGGCAAAAUACGAAUUACUUCUCCGUGGGAUUUUUUUUGCUUUUUUUUUCAGGAAAUUUGAAUUGGAGAAAAGUAAUUUAAGGUAAAUCCUAUGCUUAUAUUUUACCUUUACUUCAGCGAUAGUCGAUAGUCCCAAAAGAAACCUUAAUGUUUAUGUAUACUGCUACUUGUACUCGUAGACCUUAAGUUAUCCGUUUGAAUUCGUAUUUCACAUACCUCCACUCUCCUCCCUUGAAUUACUAGUGAGAAACGUUAUUUUCACAACCUUGUCAGAAAUUAAGAGGUUUGUCAGUUUCUUCCUUCCUUCCACCCACCCCUUCCUUUGCAUACGCCGUUCUCCACCAAAGUGCGCGUUAAUGGCUAGCAAAUAAUCCGCCGCCCUAUCCUCUCCAUCACACUUUCUUGAAUAAUAAAUCUACUACGAGGAAGGCCACUUUUCGCAUUUUAACUACACAGACGUCAUUAAAGGAAAACAUGACAGGUUUUUUUUUACUUCCGGGUUCAUCCUCAUGUGCUUCCUUCUCUUUGUUGUUUGCAUCAGUCCAUUUCUUUGCCUAAUCGCCGCCAUCUUUGAAAAAUAAAGUUUCAGUUCGUUAAUGGAAAUACUCUAUAGGCGACCCUCCCCUCCCCCUUCAGUUAAGUCCCCUCCUAUGAAUAAGCGAACCUCCCAGAAAUUUUCAGUAAGUACUCUUACGCUGUUACGUUUUACACUGAACUUGCUAUGUUUUUUGUGUUAAAGAACGAAUGACAAAGACGAUGAACAAAGGUCGUUUUCGGAAGAAAUGAAGGACAAACUAAUUUAUAUCGCUCAGGUUUGUUUUCAGAGGUUUUUGUUGACUUUUUUUAAUAAAUCUUUUUCAAUCUUCUCUUUGACUGACUGGUAAGGGUCAGUUAGGACUUGAUUUACUAAGACAACAGAAAAUUCAAGACUUGACGGAUUUUAGUUUACUUGACCUUUUAAGAGUGUUCUUUUCUCCCUAUGUAGCUUGAAGAAAAAUUGAAAGAACAGACAGAAGAACUCAAAAAAGCUGAUAACAAAAUCAAGUAAGUCUUUUUUUUUCGGGGAACGCUUAUCGCUUCCUUGUUACAAAUAAGAACAGACGCCACGCAAAAUUGCGUCCCACAAGACCAUCCCAUGGUGCAGUUCGGCACAACAUUGACCCAGUCUCCCACGCGACAUCUACAUAGCCAAUAUGUAAAGCUUGCACUCAAUUUAUACUGAAGCGGAUCCUGUGUUCUGAUUGGCUACCUGGAUCAUCUUGCCCGCUCGGGAUUUCCCCCUGUGUUCCUGCAAGAAAAAAAAAUCCCUUUCUGACCAUUAAAUAAAUCCUUUUUUGACCAAGCUUGUUCGGUCAAGAUGGCUGGAUGUUCAUCUUUACGCUUGGCCAAUACCCAGCCUAAUCUCGUUCCCAGAUCUCUUGUUGACGAGGCGUCGUCGACAAGAGAUCAGUGUAGAAGACUAUAUCCAUGUGCUUGCAGAAUUUUCUGCGAUAUGAACUCUGAUAUUUUUGCAGGGCUAACAAUAAGGAGUUGCGAGAGUGUAGAGAUCAGAUCCAGAUGUAUCAAGAGAUGACGGCUGUUAAAGACCAGGUUGUGGUCUCACUUACUAACCAGGUAAAAUACGUCCCGCUUCAUCUAGGCUCUUUUUCAUAUUAUACCACUAUCCCCCGAACGGGAGGUGAAUAGUGGUGACCAAUAUACCGAGACGCGAAGCGUCGAGGUAUAUAUCUAGCGCUGUUCACCGAUCCUAAGGGGGAUAAUUGUUUUAGUAUUUGCCAAAUCAGUGUGGUAAAAAUGAGAAAAAAGUAACUUUUUUGUAAAUUAAAAACAUCCCUUCUGAGGAAGUUUUUGUACAAUUUACAAACUUAUCGGGGAUUUUGUCAAGUGCAUUUUUACGAUUUUGAUGCAAAUUCAGCAAGAAAAUAAUUUUCUACGUCGCUUUCUUGGUAUUUGCUUGCACGACCGCUUUGUUUAUCGCUCAAAUUUCGUCUUCCGAAAAUAGCUCGAAACGAGACGCCAUCUUGGCGUCGGUCGCAAAAAGGUGAGUAGCCAAGGACAUUCCGAGUUACUGUAGCCAAUCAAAACGUGCGAAAAUUGUUAUUCCCUGAUUUGGUAAACCCUAAAAGCAGGUAUCCUUGCCUUGGUUUAAACUACGCGUUGAGCUAUAGCCUCCCCGCAGACGUCCUUUGGGGUUCGUUUGUCACGCAUUCAUUUCGUGACAAACGAACCCCAAAGGACGUCUGCGGGGAGGCUAGUUGAGCUAGGAAUAUAUUGAAAUAGUUGGCCGGCCCCGUAUUUAAGUUGUCUAGCUCGCGUAACAAGCAAUACAGCACUUACCUUAGCUAGUGUCCAUAGGAUUGACUACAAAAUAAUAUAAGCUCCUUAAACUUUGGAGGGAAUAUUCAAGAGAAAUAUAUGUUGUAGUCAUUUUUUUUUAUCUCUGGUAAUGUUUGUUUUUCUUUUGUUUUUUGGGUAUGGUUAUGUAUGCUAAUGAACUUGAAACAACUGAAAGAAAAGUAAAAAUUUCCUGAGAUAAAAUAUUAACUACAGCAUAUGUUUCUAUAACGUAUGUUCAUUACAACCCAUAACCAUUCAGGAAUUAACUGACUUGGUUAGAGAGUCCUGAUUAAUAGCGGUAUUCUUCCUACGACUGGAUUGUCUUAGAUUAGCUAUCCAGUUCUGACAAACUGUUAGCCUGAUGGCAAGCUCUCCUGACAUUUAUGGCAAGCAAAUCGAGUCGCGAGAUACUUUUCGUGACCGAGCGACCACGACUCGUGCUCUCGCGUUUCGCUCACGCGUGACAUCUCGCGACUCCCCCAAAUGGAGAGCUUGCUCACAGGCUAACAAAUGGUGAGCGCUGUAAGUUGUUUAAACUAACUCUUAUUUCUCCCGCGCGUUAGUUGUGCGCAUUGGAGAACGCAACAGUGGAAGGAAAGGAAGUUAAAGAAGAAGAUUAUGAAAAUGAUGACGAUCCCACUAGGUAUUUGAAAAUUUUCUUUCAUUUAGCCACCGAUCAUACCUUUCCUUUGUCUCUAUAUCCUGAGAAAACCGCCGACAUUGUGCGACGCCACCGGUGGUCUCCUCACAAAAUGACGUCUGAGAAACGAGCGUAGAAAUUCCAUGCUGAUGACGUGUCACUACCCAGAUCUCGGUAGUGCUUCUGAUUGGCUGAAAGUUUGCUUCAUCCAAUCAAAAGCACUUCUGAGAUCUGGGCAGUGACGCGUCAUCAGUAUGGAAUUUCUGCGCUCGUUUCUCAGAUGUCAUUUCGCGGGGAGACCACCAGUGGCGUCGCAAAAUGUCGGCUGUUUUCUAAGGAUAUCAUCCAUAAUGUCUCUCUUCUUUGAAAGUAGUAAGGAAACGCUUGAUCUUGGUUAAAACGUGGAAGCGACGUGCCAGAUAUUGAUCUUGGUUGUUUACUCAGUUUAUCAUAUUUGCGAAUUUUUGAGGGAAGAAAUAGCUAACUGAUAGCUACUUUAUAUAUUAUUUUAUGUGUCCUGUGGCUUUGAGAUGAUACCUCAACUGUGACCCGGGGGAAGUACUCCCUAUAAUGGCUUAUACGGGGAGGCUCCGCCCGAAAGGGGUACUUUUUUUCAGGCUUCAGAUAUAUGAAAGGGUAGGCAUUUCAUUAGUAGAGUUAUACGAAAGGGUAGGGAAAUCUCAUUUCCGGCUGUAAAAAGACGCAAAAGGGCUAACAGAUCCAUUUUAUGGCUGCGAAAAAGUUGAAAAAGCGCUCUGGUGUUGUGGUUUAUUCAUAUAUUUAAAGUGUUACGUGGGUAAUCUUUUAGAGGACGGGUAGCUUGCAAAGUAAACUGAACGCAGGAUUGUCUGAACAGCAAUAAGAUUCACAAUAAGAUUCUAGAACUUUCCAGAUAGUCUAAUUGUAGAAAGAUUACAACAUAUACCGCUCUAAAAACACUUACACAAGAUCCUAAAAUAAACAAACUACGAACUCUCGCGAACUUUCUAGAAUGUCACUCUACUCUAGUCACGCAAUACAAUUUUUUCGUAACAAAAAACAGUGCAUUUUCAGCAAUAUUAAAUUUCAAACUAGGCAUGUGAAAGGGGUACUAUUUGUCAGUAGAUAGUACACGAAAAGGGGUACCUUUUCUGACAAAACUGGUAUACACAAAGGUAAGGGGUUGGACCCCGGGGCGGAGCCUCCCGGCAUAAUGAUUUGUUGAGUACCUCCUCACCUCCUCGCCCCCACCCCCCCCCCGGGGGGGGGACUGUGGUAGGCCUGUGACAAGACACUUUCGAGAAGUAUUUGAGACCUCUGUGAUGAAAAAUGUAUCUAUUUUUUAAAGGUUUUGUUCCGUGUUCAGGAUUAGAAAGUCGAAUGUCGAUUUUACUUUUGUUUCCUCUGUUUUGCAUAGCACACCGCCGGAACCCUCGUCCACGGAAAGCAAGAUUGAUGACAUCCAGGAGAUAGGAAAACUCAAGGUAAUAAAAUUGAACAACAAAUACUCAACGUUCUAUUCACCCUUAGCGCACUCACGGUCACGGUGGUGUUUCGGUCAGCAAGUUAGGUACUAGUCCUUAAUCUCGUUCCUUUGGCCUAGGUAAACUACUUCUGAGACGGGCGCCAUUGGGACGUCGUGUUUGUACUAGAAGAGGUGUUUAACUUUCAGAGAGUCAAAUAAAAUGACUUUAGAACAGCAGGGGCCAUCUCUAGCUGUCCGCUUUCGAAAGGUACCUGUUUUACAGAGAGUCAAAGAAAAUGACUGAAGAACGACAGGAGCCAUUUUGGGGAGGUGUCCAUCUUGUACAGAGUAUAAGAAAAGAACUGAAGAACGGUGCUGACCAUAUUUUGUGUUCUUGCUUUUGUAGGAAACAUGCCAAGCGUAUGUUUUGCAGAAUCGCUUCCUAAACAGCGAGAUUUUGGAGUUUAACAAGCUUAGAGCUCACGACGAGGAGAUUCUGAAAGCGCAAAAAAUGUAAGUACUCCUUUGCACAACAAAGUUGAUAUUUCCUUACCGUCUAAAAGUUUAACCUUCGAUAUAAAGCGAGUACCAGUCUUCCCUGUGUAGCUUUCUUGUCACGUCGUUACAGUUCCAUCCAGCUUUAAAGUUGGAACCAGCGUGUAACAGAUUACAAACGACACUAAAGGAAUGAAGUACUGCUCAGUAGCUUUCAUGUGAAUCAUCACACUUUGGGGUUUCAUCCAGACUCCAAGUUAAAACCGCUUUGUACAGCAUAAUGAACGGGACCACUCCUAAGUAGCAACCUCUACAGCAUAAUCUCACCGAAGGAAAAUAUUUUAUGACCUUUCAUAACAACAGUUGAAAGCCUUAGGAUACCCUGCUGCGAAUUUCACUUCCAUUGCUAUCUGCUCUAGGCUCAUUUUCCGUGACCCUGUAGAGUCCGGGUUUUCUUCCUGAUCAUUAUAGUACGUCUCUGGGAAACUACCCACCUACCCCUUCCCUAAGCCAACAUUUACACUUACUUCUCACUUAGGGCAAAAAUGUUUGCUUAGGGGCGGGUAGGUGGGCAGUUUCCCGGGAACAUAUAAUGAUCCAGGGAAUCCGAGCAGCGGCUGGUGAUCGAGCCUCUGGUUGCAAGGUAACUCUUUCUGUCUUUGUUAAACUUAUAGGCGACUGGCUACUGUUGAAGCUGAAAUGUGCAAAUACAAAAGCAAGUAUUUCCUUGUGCUGAGGGAAUUCCAGAAACCUCGUAAAGGUAUGUAGCAAAAUUAGUUCUUAUCCUGCGAGCAAGAAGUCUUCCUCGCAGCCGUUUUGGUCUCGUCACGCAACGCUCUUCCCCAACAUGACGUCAAAAACGGCUGUUUGGGAGACUACCUAACGAGCUCUGUGUUUGGAAAUCGCGGGAGUCAGAAGUCAUGCGCACUAGGGCCAUAGGAUUGGCUCGGGAGAGGAAGGACUUGGGAAGUGGGGUUUCGCGGCGUUUUUGGAUUUUUUGGUGUUGUCGUUUGUCCUCUGCGCAAGUAUUAACGAACCGGCGGGCGCUCACGUUCGGAAAUAAACUGAAAAGAUUUUCCUCAACUCUACCUAUGUUUGUCUCGGUUUUCAGAAACGCGCUGAACGAUGUAUAUUUCUUUUAACUUAAAAAUUAAAUUGAAGAUCGUUUUCACGUGGCCUCUGUUCUAGUCUCGCAUUUGUCUCCGACGUCUAUGGCGGCCUUGCUCUUUCCGUCUACGUGCCGUUGUCAAUUUUGUAACAUUAGGGCCAUUAAUACGAGGGAAAAUAAGACGCGUCUUAUAUAAUACACGUGCUAAAUGAGAGGCGAACUGUAUCGUAUAAACGGCUCACCUUUUUUGAAAUAAGACGCGUCUUACCUAAAAACGGUUUUUGUGGGCUGUUCUCAGAUAAGACGCGUCUUUGCUUAGUCGCGUCUUAUUUCAGACGAGAUGUGCCGUUUAUACGGAACAGUUUGCGUCUUAUUUAGGACGCGUCUUAUUUAUCCUCGUAUAAAUGUUCCUACUUUCUGUUUACCGGUUUGAAAUUUUCCUCCACUGGACUGUACAGGUACACAGUUUCUUGCAUCUUUCAACGGUUACAUGAUGGCUCGAUAAGAUGCGUUUCCAGGUGUUUUUAUUGAUGUCGCGGAGACUAUUGUUGUUUAGGUGUUGUUCAUUGACUUUUUUUCCAUUUGCGAAUGAUUCAUUCACUGAACAGAAAAGUUAACCACUACUCAGGCAGUGUCUUCUCGUGAGAUCAUUUUAAUUCUCAUAGUGCCAUCGUCGCCAAUUCUGUUACAUAUUGGAUUUCUGAAUGGUCUUUGUUUGUAGAUGGGGAGUCGUGGGGUGUGGAUGAGGAGGUUAUCAGUAGACUGGUGGAGGACGCAAUAGACAGCGAGUCACGUGAGGUCCACACAAUGUCAAGGUCCAGGUCAGUGUCGACUACAUGACGUAUAAUAUAAUUCUGCAACUGAGCCCGCAAUUUUUAUUACGAAUGUUGCUUUCAACGUGCUCUAAAACUGCAGGUCCCAUUUGUUCAGAAGGUGGAUAAUUACAUGAACAAUCAAAAACUGUGUUAUACAGCAUAUGCAGAACAACCUUUUGCGUUUUCUUUUUUUUUUUAGUAUUCAGCCAUUCGACCAGUGGGGCUUUCGACAAAAUCUUGAUGGUGAUGAUGAAGAAGCUUUCCUGUCCAUUGCUAAGAAACUUGACAGAAGAUCAGAACAACUUAAGGUAAACAAAUAAUGACCGAAUGAAUAAGAUGUCAUGAUCCUCUCAGUAAUGUUCUGUGAGCAAGCUAUAGUAAGUAGAGGAUGCUGGUUAUCAAAGGCGUCAAACAUCAAACACAAAAACAAGGGUGCUGCAGUUUAUGUUGGAAGCUCCCCGGCGUUGUACGAUCCUUUGUUUUUCUGGUCAAAAAGUUGUUACUGAAUAAAAUAUGCGAAGUUUUAAUUGGUCAAUAAGAUCAAAAUAAUGCUAUUGAACGUUUUGCACCGUCCAGUCAACCAAAACAUAUCACAAAAGAGUCUGACGAGCUCCCUAACCGUUCCACUCUAUUAACCACUUAAUCGCGUACUUGAAGGAGAACCUGAAAAAAUUUUUUACCGGCUUGAACUAUCUUCUAAUCCUGACCUAAGUGAGCUGGUCACGCCUGUCAUUCAAAAAAAUAUAUACUCAUCUCGUCCUGGAGAAACAUCAUAAAUUAAGAUGCUUUGGCAAACUUUGUCUCUUGCCUUUCAGAUCGCUCUUUGCUCCUAACAUUGUUCUAUCCCAUUUACUCUUGACUUAAGUCUAUAUAUGGCCGUUUAAUAUGACAAGGUGUGUUUUUUUCAAAGGCCAAUUUAAGUCAUCAAGAAAUGUCGGUGGAGGUCAAAUGGGAGAACUACAUGAUUGCACACAAGAACAGAGACUUCCAGAAAACGGUGAGUGAGCGACGAAGUCAGCGUGCGAAGAAAGUACUGUCCGACAGCCCGUAGUCUGCUACACAGCCGUUUUUAGUGUCGUCACGCAACGCGGGAGGAGUAUUGCGUGACGACACUAAAAACGGCUGUGUAGCAGACUAGACAGCCCGGGGCUAGUGGAUUUUGCUAUCGGGCUAGUGAAUUCUGUUUUUAACUUGCCCGACGGGCAAGUGAUGUUUUAUGAGGAAUUUGAAUAACAGAAGAACAAAAAGUUUUUGGGGCUAGUUGAAAAGACGCCUGGGCUAGUAAAUGCUAGCUUCAGCUUGCCCGAAUGGCAAGCUGUAAAAAUGAUUUUCUUUGCACCCUGGACGAAGUACAGUUUGAAUGUACACUUUAUCGUUUCUCUCUACGAAAACCGAGCAGUUACCGUUAUCAACAUAGUAAAGAAGUGAUGGCGUCGCAAAAAAUCAAAUUUGUUUUAAUAUGGGCGAUCAGAAGGGAUUUUCGGAAAGAACAAGAUAGAAAAUGCCCAUGGCCACAAAUCAUCGGAUAUUGCAAAUUAGUGGUGAAAUGUUAUAAUCGUUUUGCCUUUACUAGUGCAAUUUACAAAUGUAGCUACUGUUUUAUAAACUCCAAAGCAAAUUUGACACUUGUAAAAGUUGUUUUGAAUUGAUCCCACAUUUUUUUUUCAUUGGUUGAGUGUCAGUUCGCGCGCACGCGCACUUUGGUAUGAUCGUCUGCCCAUGCAGUGCAUGGGUGUCUUCCAUGUAGUCCGUGAAGACGUACCGAAAAAGCGAGCAGUUUUUGCUUCACCGGGCAAGGAGUGUAUUAAUGCUCACAUAAUUAACCUCAUCGAUCGAGCAACUUUCAAUGAUUUUAUGGGAGGUUAGUCAGGUCACGUAAAAGUCGGCUGAUAGAAUGAAGAUUCAUUGUAGCGACUAAUCGCGGAAAAAUCACGCAACGAAGCUCACUUAUCACACUAAUCUCAUCAUUUUACGAAUACAACCUGGAUAGUUAUGAGCUAUUUUUAAUUUUCAAAAGGCUAUUACCGUAAAUCUUCUAUUAAACCCCUUGGGGGAGGUGGGGUGGGGGGGCUUAAUAGAGACGGGGGGCUUACUUUCUUCCCCUGAAAAGUGGGGCUUAUUUGAGUGGGGGGUGGGAGGGGGAGCGCUUAACAGAGCAUUUACGUGUUGUAUUUCUCGUUCUUUAGUUUGAACUUAAGAUUUUAGUGCGAGCUGGUAUCCCACAUGAGCAUCGCGCCAUAAUAUGGAAAAAAUGUAUCGACGAAUGUGUUCAGGAUACUAGGAAAAUCGCUGGAGACGGCUAUUAUCAAGAGCUGUUGGAGUCCAUCAAAGGAAGACCUUCGCCGGCCGUCAAACAGAUCGAGCUGGACUUGCUACGCACGUUACCAAAUAACAAGCAUUACGAGCGACUGGAUGCUGAUGGGGUAGGUUACUAGAUUUUUCUGCUUUACAGGUAUUUUUGUGAAUCUCGAACAUGGAUUAACCAUGUGAAAAAGAUUUACAUAUUUAGCCCUUUCAUCAUCUAAGUUAUUUUCUUGAACAACUCUAAGGUGUGUCAAACCUGUAUUGAACGGUCAACCUGUAUUAAGCGGUCAGUAAGCCAUUCCAUAAGGGUGACUGUAUCUGUAAUACCUGGACAAAACAACGUAAGGAAAUAUUAUAGUAUUUGGCGUCAAUUACAGUCCUGAUUGCUAUGUGACCGUGCCGACGCCUAUUUCCCUUCGUACUGUAACCGGUAAACACCAUUUUUUGAAACAUCAGUCACUAUCAAGAACAUUCCUGUUCUGGACUACGCUCGCCCGGACGAUGGUAUCAGUUCAACGUACAUGUACUAUGAUAUAACAUCUAUUACACUUACAGUGCGGUUGUCGUUGUUGAUAUUUUACUAGACUUCGAAGCUGAGAGACGUCUUGCUCGCCUAUAGUUGGCACAAUCCUGAUGUUGGUUACUGCCAGGUGAGAAAAGAUAGCUUUUCUAUGUAACCGUGCCCAGCGUUGUCACUGAGAUUUUAAGUUGCCGGGUAAAUACAACACGUGGGCGGGGAUUCAAACAGCUAGGAGUUUCUUUUGGUUCUAUUUUUCUUCUAUUUUCUUUUAAAAGUAGCCGGGGGAAAAUCCCCGCCCCCUGCCUCUUAAUGUGUCCCAGGGGUGCUCACUGUACUAUUGGGGUGUGCUCUCUGUGUCUUUGCGAUUCUGGACAAAGGAGGUGAAUUUAAGACCCUGUCCAGGACAAAAAUUAACUUAUUUGGACGACAGGGGGAGUGAAAUUUUCGCACCUAAAGUUGAUCAAGAAUAAUCAGGGAUUGUCAGAAAAAAAACUGACCCUGAUCUAAGAGACAAACUGAUGUAAAAAAUACCCCUUAGUCUUCCAGUAAAUGGAGGGUGAUUUUUAUACCCUGUCCCAGAGUCAAAGAGGCGAGAGACUGAUAAACAUACCCGUAUCUCCCAUAUAUGGGACAUCGCUCCCCCUUCCCCUUGCAGUUUUAUUAAGUAUGCUAUCAAAAGAAAUCCUUGGCUGUGGCGGGAAAAGUACACGACAUCUUUGACCUUGCAUUUGUCGCCGCCCUCUGUGUCUCGUUGUACAGUGUAUUCUUUCUGUCAGCCUGUAACUGCAACUUGAGUCCGUCCACAAACUUCCAGGAUAUUUAGAAUCCUGCGAAAAGCUUCAACCUCGGGCAAACCCUGUUGAGACACACCACAAAGACAUUUAUUUUUUUUCUGUCAUCCUGGCAAAACUGGAAACUAUCGCCAAAUGAAUGCCCGUUUCUCCUCCCCCUCCCCUUUUCCAAUAGUAGAGAGCUUUAGUUUCGAUGACGAGGACGACAGUUAAUUUUAAAUUUUCUCGUCUCUUCUCUAAAACAGACUCCCCGGAAAACUUCAUUAUACUUUUUUACACCACCAAGUGGCAAAGUUACCACGCUUAUUUCCUUUGCAGGAGGUUACGCCUUCUCCCGAUCGCUAAAUGAUAAAUUUUCUAACAUUUGAUAACUUGUUUUCGCCACUACGACAUUCUCGCUCAAACUGGUAGUAGACUGACGACGGCUACCGCAUUUUCCCGCCAAAAUGACCUGGUUCACGUGCGCGCACUUUGUCGUAGUCGUCCUCGUCUUAGAAUCUAAAGCUCUCUAAUGUUUAGAAUAACACGAGAAUUGCGCACCUUGGUUUUUACACCAAAACAACAUUGAGUAGGGGGUGGUGAGGGUAUAAUUACUUCUUUCUGUUUAGAGGAGAUGGUAGUAUGGCGCAAAAGUAAGAAAACAGUUGGAACUGUCUCAACACUUUUGUCCGUGGUGGAAGUAUCUUAAUUAUUUAUAUGACUUUUAUUUAUUUAUUUUUUUACCAAACCCUUCUCUCGUGUUUUCUCUCCAAAGGGAUUGAAUCGACUUGUCGCCAUUGCUCUACUUUAUCUGACUGCAGAGGAAUCGUUUUGGUUUGUAGCUCGUUCUUUUUUCAUUGCUGAUUUUUGUCGCUAUAAUGGUUUGCUCUCUUUGUCUUUGCGUAACAUCUCAGCUUUUAUUGUAGUUGUUGCCUUGACAACCGGAAUUGUCAUGGUAACGCCUAUGACGAUUACGUGGGGUUGGUGAGAGAACUCACAAAAGCGAGUUUUUUGAGCGGCUGUUCAAAACUUUGCUCAUGGCUUGACUAAAGUAUUGGAGCCUAGAACUCAGCGUUGCUGUUGCUUCUCAUUUUUUUUAGAUUUCAGAACACCUGUUGUGUAUUUUUGAGUUAUUCAAAACAUACAACAAAGCCGCAUCAAUGGGGAGGCAAGAUCGAAGCCGUUCCCCUCUGAUGCGGCUUGCAGGUGGGAAAAGGGGGGUAAAAAACAAAGGCAAGUUGUCAGGUCGAAGGCGAACUAAAAGUGAUGUACCAGACAACGAAACUAGCGCACAUGAUCAGGGGCACAGAUAAUGGAUAACUAGUGGAUGCUACGUGUUGUAUUGCCUUUGGACGGUAUCCAAUACGUUACUUUUAUAUCGAGGCACGUUCCAAGAAUAGGGAAUUUAAGAUCCAACGACGAGGACGGCAACAAGAAGGUCCAAAAAAAAAAACCAACAGGUUUAAUAAGCAAAACAACAACUUUGCAAGUGCAUCACGCUUUAUUGUACAUUUCAUUUUUGCACGACUACGACGUGAAAAUGCCUAAUUUCGCGUUUUAUGGAGUACGUAAACAAGCAACGACGAAAUUUUGUUUCCCUUUCUGCACUUGGAUAUGGUCCAAGGCAUUCAACUCCAGGAGGGUUCGCUUACAUUUGACAAAGUGAGUGGGUAGGAAUAAUUGCGAUAAAGACUGAAAGAACGCAAAUUCCUUUUUUUAAGCGACGUUCUCUUUGCCGUCGCGUCGUUGGAUCUUAAAGUCCCUAACAUAAGAUUCUCGGAUUCUCAGCGCGAAAGGGAAUUCUGCAGUUUUCAUUGGAAAGGGACAGAAGAACAAAUAAACGAAGAGUAACUCGUUUAAAUGUGUUUUGAAAAAAUAUCCAUGAAAUGCUUGCAUGAGGGUAGGUGAUUUUCGUAUUUUCCAACCGAAAGUACUUAAUCCCGGAUAUUAUAGACAACCCUUUGACGCUUGAAACAAAAACCUGUUGAACCAUGUGAGAAAGCUUAUAAUAAUAAUGUCACUUUUAAUCUACUCUCUGUCUUCGUAUGGGAGAAUGCGAAGAUGACUCAUGACAUGAGAUGUACCUCGGGAAAGAUGACUCGCUUACUUUUUCACUUCUUGUCAUGAUUUAUUGGUAUUUGAUUUGUGUUUACUUAUGUUGCAAAAGUUGUUACAUCCAGAAGCCCUUUAGAUGAAAAUUAAAUUUAAACGACGACAACUAUUUAGGAAGACAAUCAUUCAGAUCGCACAAGAGAUGUUUAUAACUUUUAUCGUCCGAUCUCAAGAAGUUCAUUAAACUCUCUAACAAUAACAACAACAACAAACUUUAUUUACAUUUCGCUUUAGAAUAAUUAUAGUUACAGAAGUUAGUUUCAGUCUAACGGUCAGUUACAUGCAGUGUGAUAAAAGGAAAACUAAAAAUACAUUACACGUAAGGAAAUCCCUAGCAUCUAAAUAAACCGUUCGAUUUCCGAGUUAGAUACUAGUCUCUAUUGUUACAAUUUGAUAUGUAGACGUCAAGAGCAAAACACGCCAACACUGACACACACACCCACACACCCAUAAAUGAACUGCAGUCAAAGAGUGCAAUAGCUAAAUAAGAAGUCGUAUGCGACUAUUAACUCUGACAUUGGAUUUGCUUAACUAAUAAAUAUCGUUUUACUUUCUUACGAAAAUUGAAGUGUUUUACAUGUCUGAGUUCAAUAGGUAAUUACUGCCACAAUUUAACAGCCAUAGCCGUCGGUGGUAAGGCUGAAAUUCUUGUCAUUCAAGCGACCAAGCUGAGUUAAUACUUCGUCGCACUUUGCUGACACCAAGCAUAUAAUCCACUGAAGUUUUCAAGUCGAUAAAUUUCUUUUCAAUUGACUGCAGGUUAGCUCGUAUUGGACUAAGUUCUGUUUCUAGUAGCUUUUUAGUUUCUUCUAAGGUUGCCAUAAAUGUUGACGUCUACAUAAGGAAAAAAUUUGGCCAAUAAUGGCGGAGCUAUGAAAGACAUGUCAGGCCGCCAUGACUGACUCCAACUGAAUUUACUUGCAUAUGGAAGUCAGUUUUUAUUGUGUCCUUGUUCAGUUUUGUCGUUCGAGAUCUCCACCUCUCAAGAGUUGACUGAAGAUUGUGUCAUUUCCUUCGACCAGCUUGCAACGGACUCACUUUGCUGUUUAAUCGGUCUCCAAUAGAGGCCAAAAUUCGCCCAAUUUCUUUAGUUUUAGCUUCCUGGCUUGUUGCAAAUGGGGGGCUGUUCUUUUUCUCUUCCUUCGAUCCAGAUGGCUUUUUGUUAGCAUUCUCCAUUUCCACAGCUUGUUUCACCUAGUCUAAAACAUAACAAGACUGUCCUAUUAAAACUUAACGCAUUUAGUCUUGAAACUGGCUAAUGAAAACGCCCGCUAACGUGUACGAUGGAUGUUCGAAUUUUUUUGUCCGCCCGGACGAAAAAAUGUGGUCAUUGUAGAGAGGUUGCCGUUAGCAAAGGUUUGACUCAUUGUGCUAAACGUCUUUUUUUAAUAGUUCUUCAUAUUUAGUGUGCUUUCUCUAAAUACAAAUCUGAUGGCUCGCUCGUUUAUUUUCUCUGACUUGUCAGUGUGGCCUUUGCUGCAAAAGUGCCACGUUUCGGAACAAUGCUAAGAUGUUAAAAUGCGGGACAAUGAAAGAUAAAUACAAAUCACGUUUGAUGUUUAAAGGUAACAUUUUUUUCAUAAGCCUGAGUACCGCUUGUUUCCAAACAGCAAAUGUACCGUUUUUCGUGAAGGACGUGAGAGAGACUGCCUUACCGGAAAGAAGUGCUGAUAAACGUAAUGGCAUUUAAGUAAUGAGCCAUUUCAUUAGGAACUUUUAUAUUUAUUUGGAUUGUCAAUCAAGCCAUACUGUCACGUUAAAUAUUAUGUUAGCCUGUGUUCAGAGGGGAGGGGUGGGGUCUAUUUAUGGACUAGUUUUAUAUCUCCCGCUAGGUAGGUAGGUUCCUGUUUCAGUGAUAUUGAACACCAUAUAAUUUGCGUAAAGCCGCAGUGCACGGCUUGUUUUUCUAACCCUUAGAUAAAAUUUGACAUAGUUUACGUUAUCCUUGCCUAAGAAAAUAUGUUAUUUGUAGUUGUAUUUAAGCAAUAGAAAACGUUUUCCGUGUUUGCAUAGCCUGAUGAAAUUCUUACCAGUCGCAAAGUCUUGUCCACGAAGUCUUGCACGCGUAAUCAGUUCUUGUUUUACAAAAAGAUGCUUUCCAAAAUACGGACUUUUCUGGCUUAAAAUGUCAGCGACGACACACUUUCUUUGUAACGAUUUUCCAAGUUUCAGCCGACGAAGAAAUGGGUAAAUAAAGGUUUAGUUUUGAACUUCAAACUUUUUCAAAUUCGUGCAUCACCAGCAUCUAUGCAAAUUUAUUGGAACAAAAGCAAGACUUUGCGAUGAGAAAAUGUUCAACUCCAAGGAUUGGUUUGGGACACCAACAUGGCCGCCGUUUCAUUGUUUUGGGACACCAAUAUGGCCGCCGUGACGUCAUGUGAAAACACUCUAUACAGCAAAAUACUACAGGGAAAAUUGUAACUCUUCACACGAGCGACUCCCGAUUGGUCUAGCGAGCUUGAGCUAGUAGUGUGUUUGGGUGUAACAAAAUUUAAAAUUUUCAUUUUAGCGCAUAUUACAAGCUCGUCGCGAGAUCAGAAAUAAAAGAGCAUCUUUUUACAUUACAAGAGAGAAAUUUUUAAGCGAUAGAUAGGCUAUAAGAGGCCGGUCAAUUUUUAACGAUUUUCUUUUCAAUUAUCCAGACAUGUUUUUUUGUGAUAAUCAUCGACAACGCGAAUCAGGUUGAUAUGAUCUCAAGUUUACAACAAAACAAAAGUUACUACGUGAUGUUAAUCGGUUUGUUUUAGCAUUUGCGCGCGCAGGGAUUCAAUAUGGGUACACACUGACUCGAACCCCGCUCUACGGACACCCACUUCAUUGAUACGGACACCUCGUUAUUACGGACAGUUUUGCUUGUCCCAAGCUUUUACAUUUUCUCUAAAUUCAUCCCGUUUAAUACGGACUCUGUUUAUGGCCCCCUUAGUGUACGUAUAACGCUGUGUGACUGUAUCAACCUGGGAACCGACCAUCUCCAACCGUGUGUUCUAAAUUCUCCAUCUUGCAUGCAUAGAAGUUCAAGGCUACAAGGCUACACACGUCGGUUUCAUUGAAUCAUAGUCUGUGUUUUGCUUUUCCCAGACUGGAAUUUUCAAAUAUUUGCCAGAUUUAAACUUGGUGCUUCUAUAAGAUAAAGAUACUCAGCUUACCUUUUCAACACUUAUAGGUACAGUUUCCAACUAGCAAAUGUACCGUUUUUCGUGAAGGACGUGAGGGACACUGCCUUACCGGAAAGAAGUGAUGAUAAAUUCAAUAGCUUGGCAUUAUAGUUUUGUAAUGAGCUGUUUCAUUAGGGACUGUUGUAUUUUAUUGGAUUGUCAAUCAAGCUCUAUUGGCACGUUAAAUAUUAUGUCUGUCGCUUAAGCUCGCUAAUUCUGCGGUCAGAAUGGCCAUCAUGAAGACGCGACGAAAUCACAAGUCAGACUCUCUCCUGCAAGGCGCUCAUGAUUUCCCUCAACCGUUUUGUGAAAAAGGAAGGCCUAGAUUUCCCUCCUGAAACUGCUAAAAUGAACUGUCGUCCCUUUCAUUAAAUGCAGAAUUUCUAACCACAGCCUGAAAUUAUCCCAGCACAUGUUUUGAGAACCGGAAAGAGUUGCUAGAAUAUGACACGACUCUGGAUAAUUAUGAUCGUUCGCAUAGACGUCCAGUAUUGGGCUUUGUUUGCUGAAAUGCCUUUAUUUCAGUCGCACAAGGAAUCUUUUCAGGAUUUUGGUUUUCAACCCCUUGCCAUUCCUGAUGCUUAGGGGAGCAAAUAUUUUUGUAUUAGAAUGUGACACGGUUUUGCAUAAUUAUGAUAAUUCGCAUAGACGUCCAGUAACAACAACAACAGUUAAUUUCUACUACAGCUGUAGACAGACAACUAAAAGAAUUUACAAGAAUAUAGUUAUAAAGAAACAGUACAUACAGUAGUGGGACACCCAAAAUAACUAAAAAGCUAAACCAGUUGGGUGACCGUAAUUAUGUUAAUUGAAAAUGGGAAAGUCAGGAAAGAGGCACAGCAAAUACAUUGCUACACAUAGAUAUCAUAAACUUGGUACAAAAUUAAAUAUGCAGAACAAAAUAAAUAAAUAUAAAGCAUCAAGAUAUCGUAAAGAUUAGUAGAGACCAAUGAAAUCUGGUGAAAUGCGAAGUUAGUUCUUUUUAAAUUGAUUGGAGGUAUUAAGGACACUUGAAUCUUUCGUCAAGUUCAUUCCUGCUGGAAUGAAUCGGCUUGAGUUUGCUAUCAAGCAGCGACUCAAGGUCCUUCAACGAAGGCUUGUCGUUUGAUGGCAUUUCGUUUGUUAUAUAAACGGACACACGGAGACUCCAAGAAAUGAAGAAAAAAACUGUGAGAAUCUGCAUUAAGCAGUAAACGGAACACAUCACUCGCAGUAAGCAAAACACUCCCGCCGUCUUUGCUGACCGCUGAAUAGCCCAGUAUUGGGCUUUGUUUGCUACAAUGCCUUUAUUUCAGUCGCGCAAGGAAUCUUUCAAGGAUUGUGGUUUUCAACUCUUCUCCAUUCCUGAUGCUUAGGGGAGCAAAUAUUUUUAUAUUAGAAUGUGACACGGUUGUGCGUAAUUAUGAUCGUUCGCAUAGACGUCCAAUAUUGGGCUUUGUUUGCCACAAUUCCUUUAUUUUAUAGUCGCACAAGGAAUCUUUUGAGGAUUGUGGUUUUCAACUCCUCUCCGUUCCUGAUGUUUAGAGGGGCAAAUAUUUUGUUUUCUAGAACAAACAGUGUGUAGUAUUUACAAAAAAAAAGCGUUAACUAAAUCUACGAUUUUGCCAAGAAUUCUAAACAGUCUAAGGCGUCGGUCAGAAAAACAAAAAGAAAAGAAAAAAUAGCCACUCUAGGUAGUGGAUGUGGUUAGUCUUUGUAACGUACUUUAGGGUCGUUCAGUGGGUAAACUUUAAUCUUUAUUUCCUUCGGACCGAAUCAACAUUUCUGCAAGUGCUCCAUGUACUGAACAGACCCUUAAUUUGUGUUCAUAAAGGUGACGUCUUCCUUUUUCAAUCCUAACAGUGCCCACAAAGAAAAUUUCCCAAAAUUUCAAAUUUCAAAUGUCUUUAAACAGCACCGUGCGGAGCAAUAUGUCAAGCCAGCAAAGUGUGCUCCAUAUAAAUAUUCUUUUCCUUUCCGAAUCGCGCGGGACUGAAACUGUUUUUGUUCAUAUGUGAUCUAAUUUAUAUUUUGAAAAUAGUUUUAACUUUUUAAUUGUUCUAUUUUAUACGUUUUAUAUUUUACCUAGCUUAUAUCUGUUUUAUCUUUUUAUUGAGGUAAACGUCAUAGGGUCAACCUCUAGUUUGUACCCAAACCAACCUAGACGAACCGUUUAAACUUCAAAAACGCUGCGCUCGAUUAAUUUUGGAUAUUACUCGGGAUACACGAUCUUUUGAUAAUUUUCAAAAGCUAUAAGUGGCUACCAAUUGAUCAAAUAUUCAAGCUCAAUAAACUCGGCCUUUUAAAGAAAGUUAUUGAUGAAAGAGUACCGGAAUACUUAAUUACAAUCUUGGACUCACUUCGGUUUGAACACAAGUACUCUACCAGAACAAAAACAUUAUACCCCUUACCGAAACCCAGAAUCGAAGCAAUGAGGAAAACAUUCUUCUAUUCCACUAUUAAAGAACUAAAUGCUCUUAACGUAGAACCAACCACCUCCUUUAGCUUAAUGAAGACAACACUUACCAAUAACGCCGCCUCAAACUAUACGGUGGACAAUUUUAAAGUUAAAAAGGUUUUUCUGAUUUUUAAAAAAUCCGUGCUUUUUUAAUACCAUUGUAGACUGGAUUUCCUUUUUUACCAAUGAAUGUAUUCACUUCCGUUUUUAACAUCUCUCAAUUGUUUAAAUCUCUAGAAUUUUUAAGAUCUUUUAUUAUAAUCACUAUUUGUAAAUAGGCUUUUUAUCAUGAUUGUUGUAAUUUUCUUAUUGUCAAGUUUCUUUUUAGAGGACCACUGGGGAGAAUACUAGAAAUGAUGUUUUGCAAUUUCAUUUUCCACAUCUUGAAUAAAUACGUUUGUCCUACCAAAGAGUUUAUAUUUCAGUAAUACAAUCAUGAAAAGGAUCUCGUUUACAGAUGUAAAAGUUAUUUUAGAAUGACGAGAAAUCUCACCAUAAAUUGAUUGAAGAGUUAAAGAGUAAUGUGCAUGUUUCGAAAGAGAAACAAAAAGAAACGUUUAAGAAAAAUUAGUACAAAGAAACGUUAUCCAACCAGAGUAGGAGAAACCACAGAACCCGGUAGUGUACAUGUACUUUUAUUCGACAUAGGCAACCGACCGUUUUCAUCUUCCGACGGGUUAUUUUGCAGAGUAUUAGGCCUUGCAGUAGCCUACUUCAGUCACACGUUUUACGUAUCCCGCCUUUUUCUCCGCAUUAAUCGUGACAAAAGCGGUCCGUUGCGUGCAAGUAACCCGGUAUUCCCAACUCAUUUUAACGCACAUCCUACAUGCGUUUAUGUGUUAUCUGUUUAUGUGCUUGGACACGACAAACAUUAGAGACUUUUAGAUUCGAAGACGUCGACAACUAUUCGAUUUAAGAUUCGAUUUAAAGUUGUUUCGUGUAUAUUCUCAAAAUAUGGACACCCCGAAAAGCGUAAUUGGAUUUUUUUUUGCCAAAAACAUUAGCACGGUUAGUUUUACUUAAUGAGGUUUUAACUUUAGAUAGCUUGUUAAUUUCCUUCACUACGAUAUUAGAGACCUUUAGAUUCGAAGACGACAACAACAACGUGGGCGAGAUUUAACUUAAGUUUUCUCGCGUAUUCUCAAAAAAUAGAUACCCCACAAAGCAUAAUUGUACUUUUCUCCGUCAGAAAAGGUGGCACCAUUAUUUUUAUCGAAGGAGGUUAAGCCUUCCGCCAAUCGUAAAACGGUAGCAGUUAUAGCAUUUGAUAACUUGUUUCCGCUGCUACCCGGCGACAUUCUCUCUGGAACUCGGAGUACAAUGACGGCGGCUAUCACGUUUUCCUGUCAAAAUGACUCAGGGUCAGGCGUGCGCUCCACUUAGUAUGAGAAAAUCUCGUACUCGUAGACUUUCUGGUUUUAGAAUCUAACGGUGUCUAUUAUGUCUAGGCAUAAUGUUUAGCUUUAUUUGACGUGCAGCAGCCGUCUAUGACCUUUCAUCUCUUUUCUUGUGGUUGCAGGUGUCUUGUAGCUAUAGUUGAGCAUCUUAUUCCGAAAGACUACUACUCUAAAACGUUGGUAGCUUCGCAGGCUGAUCAAAGAGUCCUCAAAGAUUUGCUCGCAGAAAAACUUCCUAGGCUCAACAAUCAUUUCGAGGCUCUCAGGUAUGGUGGAUAUUUCGUUAUUGCCUUGGCUUAAAAUAUUUCAGUCCCUGUUACCCAAGCCAAUUUGUUUAUCGGAGCAGAGGUGGCGCAGUGGUGAGAGCACUCGCCUUCCACUAGUGUGGCCCGGGUUCAAAUCCCGGCGUUGACGCCAUAUGUGGGUUGAGUUUGUUGUUGGUUCUCUUCGUUGCACCGAGAGGCUUUUCUCCGGGUACUCCGGUUUUCCCCUCUCCUCAAAACCAACACUUCCAAAUUCCAAUUCGACCUGGAACGCACGGAGACGUUUAAACGAGUUCAAAUGACCUUCUAAGUGCUUCGUGGGUAAAAUAGCUCGGGGGACUUUCAAGAGAAAAUAGAGGGUCCGUGAACAGGCUUCUCCGACCCUGGGGUUCGAAGUCGCGACCUCCCGCUCUGCAGCAGUCCAGGAACACUAGCAACUGAGCUAACCUUGCCACGGUUAAAAAUCUAAACUAAAAUAUGACUACUUAUUGAUUUUUCUUACUGUUAUCUUUUGUUUUUUACUGGCAGUGUUGAUUUAUCCUUAGUGUCGUUCAACUGGUUUUUAACAGUGUUUGUAGACAACUUUCCAGUACAGGUAUGGUGUAUUUCUUUUGCCAUGACGACACAACACCGGGGGGGGGGGGUACUUUAGGAAUUUCUGGGUGGGGAUGUGCCGCUGGGACCCUGGAACCCUUAACCUAUUCCAGAGCUAGUUCAGCUGAAUUUUGCUACCCUAUACCAGAGUAAACUCCCCAAAUCCCCUCUAUCCUAGAGUAGCUGUUUUCCAGAAACUACUGAGGUCACCAGCACAGUAGUCUAGCCAAAACAGAACCUUAUACCACAAUCCCUAGUCUAGAUAAAAUCUUCAACCAAGUGAUCAGUUUCCUGAAAAAUGAUACCCUAUUCUAGACCCAAACGCUCUCAUUUAUAUACCCUAUCCUAGAGCCAACUGGCUGAAAACCAUACCCUUCACAGCGACACAUACCUAUAUAGCCCAUAUAUGGCAAUACCCCCCCCCUUCUCGGGCACAACACCUUUAGGGAAUAUUCGGACUCCUGACCGGUAUAUUAGAUGAACUUUAAUAAAAACUAGAAACAAUUAAUACAAUCAAAUUUAUAGCGUGAUUUUACCUGACCCGUGAAACCGAGAAAAACAACUAGUGCAAAAUAGCUACAAGCAAACAAAAGAAGACCAUGGAAUUAGUGUAUAAUAGCGCGUAGUAUUCUACUACCUAUUUCACGGGUUAAGUAAAAUCACUCUAGUUACUCACUAAGGGCCUGUGUACGUGGAGGUGGGGUACCCUAGAUAGGUGAGGUAACCCCCUUAGGUGGGGUAACACGCCUGUCCAUAAAAUCUCUCAUUUCAAUGUGAUUACGUUUACAUGUUAGGUGGGGUAACCUGCCGCAUGUUACCUCACCUACCUGGGGUCCCCCACAUUCAUGUAAACAGGCCCUAAGGCCCUUAUUAAUCGUCUUUUUUUGUGGAGAAUUUUUAAAGUGAGGUCACACUAUGUCCAAAACCUAUCUCGGUAUUGCUCCUCGUGGUCGCUGCUUUCCAAUUGAUAAGAAGAAUUGUUUGACUUCUGCCUUGCUCGUCACCACAACGUUAAUCAUUUCGUUAUUUCCUAGACAACUCUACGAGUGUGGGACACUUUUCUUUUCGAGGGAAACAAGGUAAGUUGUGUCACAUCUUUUUGGCUCCCUAUCUUGCUAGAACGUAAUUCCUCUUUUGCAAGGUUUUGUUCGAGGCCGGAGGCCGGACGUCACUUUCGUUUGUUUAGUAUGGGAAGUCCGAUGCUUCAACACAAAAUAUAUAUCUACCUGGAUUUAUGAAAACCGAGUUAGCAAACAUUUUUUGUCGUUUAUCUCAACUUCCUCUGUCUUCACUUGUAUACUGUGUUAUUGGUGGUUGUCCUGAUGAGUCACUCAUGCAUGAAGUGGAUUUGUUGAAAACUGUUUAAUGACUGGAAUCUUCUGAGAACAAACACCAGCCGACUGGUAUUAAUUAUCGCAAUUCCUGAUUCAAAUAUUCAGCUUUUUUGUGAACAUUUUAAUGGCACCAUCCCGGUUAACCUUUACUUGUCCAGCAGACGGAGGAAAUGGCGUUUUGGAGAGUUCAAAUUCAAAAGUUGCUCGCCCUUCCCACUCCCAUUUCAUAAAAGUUCGUUUCGUCAGCGCAAACCGCUUGUUUCACUUUUGAAACCGUACUUUAGAAUAAUACUGCGCUGACCCUGCUUUUGAAAAAGAUUUGCUGGUAAAAGAAGCGCGGGGGACGUGCGAGAGCGAGCAAAAAGUAGCUCCUUUUCACGCCAUGCCCUCGCGCGUCCCCCGCGCUUCUCCCAUUCCGCUAAAAGGACAUGGAAACGACUGCCACACAGGCAGGCCGGCGUUGUAUGUGGUCUUAUUUCUGUCGCUUUAUUUUCCAUUCAGGUUCAACUGUACCCCCUUUUUACUAGUAACAUGUGAUACUUUUAAAGGUGGCCAGCAUCAACGCUUACAUUUUAAGGCGUAGUCUUAUCUCCCUAUUUUUGUACUAGGUGCUUUUCCGAUUUGCGCUAGCAGUCUUCAAGAGCACUGAGGAGGAACUUUUAAAGUGUCAGGAUCACAUGGGUAUCUUCAAUUUCCUGAGGCAAAUGCCGGAGAAAAUCACUGACGCCAACACCCUCAGCCAGGUUAAUAUCGUUUGUUAUUAUGUGGCUGAAUCCGCGAGCGAGCAAGAUAAAGCAAAUCCUGUAUUCUGAUUGGCUCCCCGAGCGGGCAAGAUGGGUCCAUGUUCCCCGCUCGGGACUUCCCGCUUUGAUCCCACAAGUAAUAAGGGCCAAGUCGCACUAGAGGGCAAUUUUACAUUUGUUCUGGACAAAUUCGACUUGAAAUCGGCCAGUGACAAAAAAUUUGUCCGGAGAGCUACAGUCGCACUUAAGAACAAAAUCAAAAUCUGUGAACAAAACACAACACCAUGCUGUGAGCGCCUUGUGAUUUCAGCCCACAGUUGAACUAAAAGCUUCUCCUCUUCUUUACUCCAUCUGUCCUGAGCCUUCUUGUUCUCGGCUGACGAAGAUGCACGACGCGAAGAAGAUGGGGUUGAUGCCGGCAUUGAGCUAUCUUCGCUGAACUGGAGGGAUUCUGGCAACGAGUCAUUACUCGUGGUCGAAGGAAAUGGGCUGGGAUUUCCUCGAUCAUUAAACAUGUAAGGGCCUGCCAAAGGAUAGAUCCAUCCUGGUGGAUAUUGUGGAUACCGUAUUCGUACGGAAAAAAUUGGUCGCCCGCGCCGGGAUUCAUGUUGUUGCGAAAUGUGAACGUGAUUAAUUUUACAACGAAGUUUAUAGCAUAGAGACUCUGCUACAUAUCACCUGUCAAAUCAUUUCCGAAUUAAAACACACUCGCUAUUGUUUUCCAAAAUUUGUCUCGAUUUGGCCUGCUCCAGAGGUAGUCGACGGCAUCUUUGAAGUUUGUCCGUCUGCGACCAAAUUUUGUCCUUUGGUGAACAAACCGGUCGCACUUGGUUUUUCAUUGUGAUGACAGAUUUUUGACAUAAAUAAACAGUUUUGUCCUCUAGUGCGACUUGGCCCUAAAGGUCUUUUUAGCCACGUAAUAAAUCCUUUAUUGACCAACUCGUCGGUCAAGAUGGCUGAAUAUUGGCUCGUUCGUUUCUGCCUUUUUAUUGAUCUCGACUUCGUUCAGGUCAAUAAAAACGCCGCAAAAAGAACUUGGCCAAUAUCCAGUCAUCUUGAUCUCACCCUUGGUCAAUAACCCAUGCGCAUAAACUCUAUGUCAUAUACAGGAUACUUCACGGAAAGUGCCGGCGUACGGUAUUUACGCACGAGUUGUUGACGUAUCAGAAAUCCAACGAUUGAACACACCAUUUUUUAUUUCAUUUUUUUUUUUUGCUUAGAUUGCCUUCCAGGUCCUAAAUCCCUUCCCGAUGAAGAUGAUAAGAACGAAGCGUGCCUAUCACCUGGAAGUCGUCAAGGUGAGAUAAUAACACUAUUAUUGUAAUUGCUUUAAUCAGUCUGAGGAGAACUUUUUGGAACUGAAAUGUUUUAAUGUCACCUAACUUUAAAGGCUUGAAAUAAGGGUCGGUCAACUGAUAAUAGUAGGCUGAUUUAGCAACAGAACGGGAACGUCAGUUGACGACUGCGCGCAAAUCAAACAACUGGCUUAGCCAAUGGCACAGCGGCAAAUUAGGCACCGGAAGUCGAGUUUAGUCCUUACCGCGCGCUUUCCCGUCGUCGAAAGACGUUCCCGUUCUGUUGCUAAAUGAGCCUAGUGAGUUUACCCAACAGGACGGCAAAUCGCUUGUGCGUGACGAACGUGACUAGGCUAUUACUUGCCUGUUUUGUCGUGAUCUUCAGUAAGAAAUGAAGUUUGUGCAAAAAGUUAUUUCAAACAAAAUUUUUUGUCACGCUUGUCACGCAAGGUUUGCCGUCUUCCUUCCUCUCCCGUCCUUUUGCGUAAGUUCGCUAACAUUUUGACGUCAUUUGAACGGAAGAGUACAGGCCAUGGAAAGUUGGUGUCGAUUUGUCAAAUAGCACCAUCCACUGGUUUUAGAGGAGGCAAUUACGCUGUCAGAAGGUGGAAAGACCCAGAAACUUUUCGGCCCCGAACUCGAAGGCAAAUUUUAAAAUAAACAUCUGUUGAAUAGUAGCCCAGUUCCUAACUCACAAACAAGUCAAUUUCGCUUCGUUAAACCUUUGCAGCACUCGUCAUUCUUCCCUUUUUUUUGCACAUCAGCCGUUCGUACAACGUGAUUCUUCUCUUAAAAUCUCUUUUCCGUACGUUAGUCGGUUCUUGUUAUAGUGGUUAUGUCGUCAUCUACUUACGUCACUGACUGCUUAAUAUGGGGUGACAGUGUAUACAGGUCAGUUGACAAGCCUAAAGAUAACUCAAGAAAAUAACUGGCUUCAAGAGGGGUAUCCCGGUUAGGAUAAGGUGAAUUAACUUCAAAGCCGAGUUCUCUGUCUCCCUCGUUUUUCUUAAUGAAAAGAAAUAAAAGACAAUUAUUUCAUUGUAAAUGGUAUCGAUCUUUACUGGGAAGAUAGACGUCGUUUUACUUUCUAAUGGAUUCUUUUUUUCUCCUUCUUUUUGCAGCAUGAGCUUGCUGAUUUAGACAAACUCCGCGAGGAGUAUGUCACCAGCAAAGCCGAUGAACCUGAAUCCAGAGACGGGGACAUGCUCGGUGAAGACUGAAGCCUGGGAACUAGUCCAUUCACAAUAACACUCCAAGCCAAUAAUUUACGGCUUGCAGUAAGAUUAUCUUUCGUAUGACCUGGAUUGAUCUCCCAGAAGUUGAAGUU